GUUCAGUUUUCUUGCCAGGAGUGAUUUUGAAGUGUUCACCCGUCACCAUGAGUUCCACACGUGUUCCGGCCUGGAAACGCCUGGGCCUAGAACUUAAAGCCUCAAAUACGAAUGAUACGAGCCCUGCUGCUACCAACAUAUCGAAGCGGAAAUGGGAUGCCAACGAGGCAAGAAAAGCUGUGGAAAUUGAAUCACCUGCGAAAAGGACAAAAUCUGCCGGAUCACCUUCCCAAUUUCAAUUUGGGUUCUCAUCUGUGAAUGAACCUACUGGAAAAGCAAUCCCUUCCAGGUACUCAAGCAAGGCAUCGUCUGCGAACGCGGUUCCCGUUUCAAAUGGUGAUCUUGGUGGCGCCCAUUCCACAGAGACGCCUGCGCAUUCAAAAGUGAAGAUUAAUGGGAAGGACCGCAAUACUUCUACCAAGCGUGAACCGAAAAAACCGAAAAAACCAAAGGCAAAAAAGCAGCCCGCCUCCGCGCCGAACGCUCAGAGUGAUGAGGCUUUGGGACCUCCUGCCUACGUGCCCUACCUGGAGACCUAUUUUGCGGAUCACGGAAACUGGAAGUUCAACAAGCAUCACCAGACACGCCUCCUCAACAAUCUUUUCCAUCUGAUCAAUCUCCCUCCGAAACUUGACGAAGCCAUCGCGCAGUACGUGGCUGGGUUGCAGAGUUUCGGGGCGCGGGAGCAUCUCCGGACCAGCGCGUACCAAGUCUGCAUUGACUCGUCAGAAGAGGCUGCAGAGGCCACUGAGACCGAGACUAGCAAAAUGACGGCAGACGAUAUUCCGGACGAGUUGCGAAAAGCGGAAGCGUUAUCUAGCAGACUCUUACAGACGAAGAAACGUCUACAGGAGUUAGAAGGUGAUGAGGCAGAAGAGGAAGUGGAAAAGAAGCGGUUAAGGCUCCAGCAAAGACUAAGAGCCGAGCAAAUCCUACUUGCGCUGAGCGAAUCCGACCACAAAGUCAAGGCCAAACCCCCGCCGGUUGCUCCCGCGCCACCGCCCACCGCAGCCCCACGCCAACAACGCUUCCCUCCAGUAGCAGACGACGACUACAACGGUGCCGUCGUCCAAGGCUUCAACAAAGUGACCGGUGCGCUCGGCAGCGUCUCGAUGAACAAGAAGAUCGUCUUUGACGAAGAGCCCGAACCAGCGGUCCAACCAAAAGAGCCGAAGGCAAGGGCUACUAGGUUGCGGAAAAAGAGAACGGGGUUGGCGGCGGUUACGGGGGUGUCGGAUGAUGAUGAUUCCAGUAGCAGUUCGAGCUCUGGUAGUGACUCUAGUAGUGAUGAGUCUAGCAGCAGUGAGGAGUCCAGUUCUGAAGAUGAAGCUUAAGAGGAGGGACUCGGGGAUUUGAUAACGGUUUUUGAAUAUAUCCAGGGACAGUCGGUAACGGUGGAGAUGGCAAGCGGUCAAAAACUGUCAGGGCUGAGGGCGUGCGGAUUAGGGUGGAAUGACGGAGCAGUUUCUGCGGCAUUGGUUGAAAGCAGCGAUACAAGCAAUGCAUACUUUUAUACAACGCUGUAGACGAUAUGAAAAUGCAAUCCCUCGUA